CAGACUAGCAUGUCUGGCUCAGCAAGACAGGGUGCUGGUGUCCCGAGCUGGCGGGGAAAGCAGGAGCAAAGGUAGUCUUGGCACUUGAUCAAGCCUGUCACACCAUGCAUCUGAAGAAGAGUUUUUUUAGCCACAAAAGCUUAUGCCCAAAUAAAUCUGUUAGUCUUUAAGGUGCCACCGGACUCCUCGUUGUUUUUAUAUCUCCAGGUGUUCCACAAAGGAAGGUAGUAGUAUUACCACCAUUGUAUAGAUGGAGAAGCUAAGGUACAGAGGUGCAAAGUGACUUGUCCAAGGUCACAGAUCAGAACAAUAGCAGAGUUGAAACUGGAAACAAGGCCUAGCCACUGGACCACACCUUCCUUCUCCAAGACCCUAUCAAAUAUUUUCAUGUUCUCCCUUUCUUCUUCUCAAAAACCAGAUGCUUCUAUAGCCAUGAGUAAGUGGACCUCCUAGAACAGGCUUCCUAACUUUCUCAGAAAUGGUAUCAUCCUGACUCUUUGAAUGACUACUUUAAGAAAAAAAAAUUAUAAUGGUGAAGACACCGUUCAAUACUUUCCCAGGAAAGAAAUGGCCAGCUACACCCUGGAAAUGUCUGUAAAGAAGAGGUUCAGUGAGAUGUCAAAGGAAAGCAAGCGAUUGUGAAGAUUCACAACAGAUCAUUUGGUCUCCUCUGCAGAAGCUUUACCUUUGGCCCGAACGCUACACUGCACUCCAGUCAAUAAUCUAAGAAAAGGACCUUAGGAAUGUACAAGGCUGUAUCUUUUUUAGUUACCAUGUGGCAAAUAGUUCGGGAAAUAAAUCAUCUGUUAUUCCUGUAAUGCACAAUCUCUCUGUAAGGAUAUUCUUCAACAUGCUCUGAAAAGGGUACCCACAUAUGCCCUGUAUAGAAUUCUAACAGUUUAUAGUAAUACUGCUUUGGAUUUACAGAGUGCUUUGCACCUUCAAAGGUCUAUGGAGACAUUAGCGAAUUACUAUGGGCUAGAUGCUGCUACCAUUUCUCAAAGUAGGUGAAAUCCUGCCUCCAGUGAAGCCAGUGACAAAACUCCCACUCAUUUCAGUGAAGCCAAGAUUUCACCCACUGAAUUUUACCUUAUUUGGGAUAUGAUCCAACACCCUUGUAAAUCAAUGGGAGUCUUUCUACUAAUGUCAGUGGGGUUUGGAUCAGACCUUCAGUAAGCAGUCCCAUUAGUAUAACAGAUGACCAAAUAUUAUCCUUAAGAGCAGUUAUCAAGGCCCUCUUACGUUCAUAGGCACCUAAGUUCCAGUGGGGACAUCCGUGUCAACUCUAAAUCAAUUCUGGGUAAAGUUAAUAACAUAGCUGGUGUUCUUAAUUAUAGGUACAUUAUUAACUCAACUCACAUUUCUAUAGCCAAGCUUUAUUCAGUAUUUCCUCUCUCCCUCUCCAGAUAUUGUUCUCAUUGAUUACAAUGCUCAUGAGAAACUUUCCCCCUUAACUGCCCAGGAAUUGGUUUUCCAAGCAUUGCUAAAAAGUGAUCAUAUGAGUUAACAGCUCUGACUUUCCUGUGGAGGAGCAAGGUUGGCUCCACUCAUGGCAGGCUUUGUUAUCAAUGUUAUCAUGUGGGAAUUAGCCACUUGGUCUGCUGAUAAGGUAAAGGCCAUUUUAACAGCAAACAUUCAGCUCUUAGUCCCUUUUUCUCACUCUGUGCCUGUGAAGUGCAGUAGGUGCAGGAUGAAGACACCGUGGCUUUCAUUCCUCAUUUUACCAUUUCUCUCGAGUCUUGGAGCAGAGGAUGGCAUAGGCCCAAAGGAAACAAAGCCAAAGAAAGCCAAACUCCCCCAAAUCAGAGAGGAGAACAACAUUCUGGUGCUGAAAAAGAGCAACUUUGACAGAGCACUGAAAGAAACUAAGUAUCUGCUGGUGGAGUUCUACAUUUCUUUAUCUGGACCAUCUCAGAUUCUGGCUGAAGAAUUUGCCAAAGCUGCGGGGCAGCUUAAAAAAGAAGCUCCUGGUAUCAGAUUUGGCAAAGUUGAUAUCACAGACCAAAAAGAUCUGAAAAAAGAAUUUAACAUUCAAGAGUUUCCGACUGUGAAGUUCUUCGUGGAUGGUAAUAGGAAAAAUCCUAUAGAUUGCAAAGGAGUCAGAGAGGCCUCUGCAUUUAUUACCUGGGUGAGAAGACAAAUAGGACCCAGCACUGUAGUUAUCAACAGCACUGACCAAGCUGAAGCUAUCAUCAACUCUGAAGAUUUGGCAGUGAUUGGCUUUUUUAAGGAACUUCACGGUGGAGCAGUGGAAGUUUUCUAUGAGACUGCGAGAGAUGUGCCAGAGCUGCCUUUCGGAGUGACAGCCAGCGAGGAGGUUUUUAUGAGCUAUGGCAUCCGAGAGAACGCCAUUGCUGUGUUUAAGAAGGGAAAACCUGUACAUAACGAAGUGGCUGAAGAUGGCAAGCAGAACAAAGUGGAUCUUACCAGAUUAAUUAAAACUUUUACCAUGGAUUUGGUCACAGAGUAUAAUCUUGAGACAUCUGUGAAGAUUUUUGAUGUCCCUGUUGAAAAUCACAUCCUGCUGUUCACCCCUAAGAACUCAGAGACAUUCAACAAGACUUAUGAAGAUUACAGGUCUGCUGCUGUGGAAUUUAGAGGAAAGAUAAUGUUCAUCUUGGUGGACACGAAUGAAACCAGAAACGGGCGCGUUUUUGAGUAUUUUCGCAUCACUGAGAUAGACGUCCCUGCAGUGCGAAUCUUAAACCUGACAAGUGAUGCAAAGUACAAAAUGCCUGCAGAUGAGGUGACCGUGGAGAAUCUAAGAAGCUUCUGUCACAGCUAUCUAGGUGGGAAAGCAAAGCCCCAUGUAUCUAGUGAAGAAAUUCCAGAGGACUGGGACAAGAAUCCUGUUAAGGUGCUUGUUGGAAAGAACUUCAACAGGGUCACCUUUAAUAAGACCAAGAAUGUGUUUGUAAUGUUCUAUGCACCUUGGUCCCAUGAUUGUAGGAAACUCUUACCAAUUUGGGAUGAGCUGGGCAAGAAAUAUGAACAUCAUGAAAAUAUAGUAAUUGCCAAAAUAGACUUCACAGCAAAUGAUAUCCAGUUAGUUAUGCUAGACCGCUAUCCAUUCUUUAGAUUCUUUCCUGUUGGAUCCAAUAACCAGGUUGUGGUAUAUGAUGGGGAAUAUACCCUGGAGGCUUUUGCUGAAUUCUUAGAAAAACAAAGCAAGCCAAAAGUAGAAGCAACCAAAAAGCCUCCUUCUGGAGAAAGCAAAGAGGAUCUCACUGAGGAAGAGACGGUCAUAAAACAGAAAGAAGAACUUUAG